CAACUGGUCACACCACCGUCGACAUACUGCCUGCUGGGAUGAAGCUCGCCACCGGAGAACUACAGAGAGUGUUACGGAUCUGAGAUCACCCGCAAUCUCGGCGAUAACUCGUCGAAACGACCCGCUGCCCAACAGUCAGCUUGUGGGAGAAGGGAGGACAGAGGCGCGUUGCCAAAAUGAUGGAAGAAAUAGAUAGAUUUCAGGUGCCGAGCGCCGUGCAGGAGGCGGAGAUGCAGGCGGAGAUGCAGCCGCUGGACCCAGCCUCGUCCACGGCCUCAGAGGCGGACUCCGACACCAGAGAGGGAGAACCUGUCACUAUCAACUACAAGCCCUCACCCUUGCAGAUGAAAAUAGAGAAACAGAGAGAGCUGGCUAGGAAGGGCUCACUGAAGAACAGCAACACUGUAGGAAGUCCAGUCAAUCAGCAGCCCAAGAAGAACAACGUCAUGGCCAGAACACGGUUGGUAGUGCCCAAUAAAGGCUAUUCCUCUUUAGACCAGAGCCCAGAUGAGAAGCCCUUGGUGGCCCUAGACACAGACAGUGAUGAUGAUUUCGACAUGUCUAGAUACUCAUCGUCGGGAUACUCCUCUGCUGAGCAAAUCAAUCAGGAUCUGAACAUCCAGCUACUGAAAGAUGGUUACCGCCUAGACGAGAUCCCGGAUGACGAGGACCUUGAUCUGAUCCCGCCCAAAUCAGUCAACCCUACCUGCAUGUGCUGCCAGGCAACCUCCUCCACCACCUGUCAAAUACAGUAACCCUGCCCCUCCGACCUUCUGCCCUCUUCCCCUUUUUCUCACAAUAUAACCCUCCUCCCCAAUCUUCUCAUCUGCUGUGAGUUACUUCGCUGCCAGAGCGGCGACAGUGAAGCAUUGGUAGAGUAUUGUAAUGACAGUUAAGUGCUAUGAUGAUAAUGACAAUGAGAAAUAAUCAAAUUAACAUAUAGGAAGUUUGGUUUAAAGUCUAGGAGAGGGAACACAUAUGAAGAUAUUCAAUAUGUAUUUAAAAUAUGAGAUAAAGUGCCGGUUUCCUCCUAUGGUAGGACGUCCACUUGUGUUCGAGAGCCCUUCUCCUGGCGGACAUGAUGUAACAUAACACACUGAUAUUAGUAGACAGAAAACUAAAGGCCAAUUGAUGCUGUAAAGUGAUUUCCAUUUCCCUAAAGGAUAAGAACCAUGAUCAUAUCUGCUGACUCAACUGUUCUGCUUACCUGAAUUCUGGGUUGCGUUUUUUCUAGUUUUUUUAAUUUUCUUUUUUUGUUGUUUUUAUUUAAAUACUUACUUUUUUUAAAAACUUAAAGGGAUCUGUAUGAAGAGUGAACUGCGGUCUCGGUACCUUAAACAUAGAGGAUAUCUGGUACUGUAUUCAUUGUACUGUACAGGGUUGUUAUGUAGCACAGGUCAGGUCGUCGCACUCAUUCACACCACACAUAAGGGAGGGAUGUAUGAGGAGGAACAAACUGCAUGAAGAACACUGGACUGAAUAAGUAAGUAGCUUGUUGCACAUUUGAUUUUUAAACCCAUUGUGCAAUCACAUGCUGCUGUCGUGGCACUAGCUUGACUUGUGUUGUUUUUGAAUUUGCACAUUGUUUUUUAUUUUUAUUUUCAUAUUUCAGGCCCAUGUCUGUGUGUACACUCUUUCCUGCAUAGCGGUGACAGUGUCUUAUCUGAAAUGAACUGUGUCAAAAGGGAAGAUUACAUAUCGUUUACCCUCUAAACACAUGAUGCUCACAUGAUUCACAUAUUAUCAAGGCCAAAGGGACGGUUAGGGGCGCUUUAGAUCGAUUUAUCAGCACACACUGCUGUGCAACCGCCCGUAUAUGUAUCUUUUCUCAGCGUCAGAGAACCUUCUUCAUUCCCAUUUCUGUUUUCACGCUACUGAUCACACACAGCUUCACACACACACACGCACCAGAAAGAUUUUCUCAUCUUUCACACACAUAUGCAUAUGCAUGCAUACAUACAGACAUACAGUGCCAACACUAAAAGUGAGAUGAUCGUUUGUUUCUAUGACUAAUGGUUGGAAUUUCUUUUUUUGUAAUUGCAACAUUAACAUCAAGGGCCAUUGACUUGGAGCACUAAUAUCCUUCAUUUAUGACUCUUUCCCUCCCUUAAAUCAGUUGAUUAUUUGCAAUUAGAGUAUGCCUUAAGUACAGAGAAAUUUAAAACAACGUGUGUAUUUAUUGCCAUCUUGAUAAUUUAGCUUAUUUGAACACUGGCAGUCUAUGAAGUUCUUUUUUUUUUUUUUUUUUACAUUAGACACGGGUGAUACUUGUUUUUCUUUGGUUUUUCUUUUAUAAUUGAUUUUCUUGUAUUGUAAACACUUCCAUUACAGUAUUUAACAAUGUUAUUGUUAUGUGCGGUGUAUGAAAACAAUAAAUAAACACAAAGCUAAUGGAGCACUCCCUGCUGUAUCUUUGUGCGUUUGUUGUCACGCGAUGUGUGAUUUUGUGAUGUGAGGAGGAGAGAAAAAAAAGAGCAAAUAUUUAGAAAGAAAAAUAAUUUUAAUGUUAAAACUUUUGAGCAGUAAUUAUUACACAGCUAUGUAUAUUGCGAUAACUUGGGGUCUGCAUUGACAGUCCCUGAUUACAGUACAGUAGCAUCAGAAGUAAGGGCAUUAACCUGAAAGGCACCAACAUCUAAUCACAGUUGUUUUAAUGCCAGAAAAGAAAAACAGCGUUUCACUUUUUUACAAAUGUUUGUCGUUUGUGUCCUACUAGGCUAACUACACCUAACUUUACGCUCUAUCUGGACGUUUUAAUGCAUCAUGUUGCAAGUAUAAAAAGAAAACUAAUGACAUCAACAAUGUUUCUGGCUCCUGUAGUGGACGAAUAAGACCUAUAAUCCCAUUAAUAAUACUAUAAAAGAUUACCAGACAAUUAAAAAAAAAAAAA